AUGUCGCGUUCGGCUACAUUGUGCGAGUUUGUGACACCGGUCAUUAACGGCCAGCCUAAAUCGUGUCUCGUUCCUGUAAACGCGUGCAGUUCGGUCGUAUCGUUGGGUAAACGAAUACGUAACGGAAAAAUCGAUGAUUUGAAAUAUCCGCUAGUCGGCCAUUGUGAUAGUGAAGAGUGUGAAAUUAUCGAAAUGGAAGAAAAAGGAAUGGAAUCGACGGAAACCACUCACCUUCUUUGUGGUAAAUCGAUUUACGAGACAAUCGGCCGAUUCGGAGGAUCGACAGAUAGUAAAAGAAGCACAGAAUCAGCCAGCAAUUUUAGACACUACGCGAUCGAUCCAAUAUGUAUGAAUGUUCGUAUCUUCAUAUUUUGGUUUUUAUGGGCAAUGUUAAUAGUAGUACUGCUUAUAUCCGUUUUAUCCUAUUGUUGCAUCGAACAAAAAACGUGCCUAAGUUCCAAGGAAAUAAUUUCUUCGAACACGACAAUUCCGACAUCGAAAUAG